AAUUUUUGAUAAAAAAAACAACUUUUAUGGUUUUAUUGAAAUCACUACUUGGCGCCGAAUUUCAAAUCAAGUGCUGGAUCGUCUAUACUAGAGAUUUUCGCAUCGUGCGGUUGGCGUUCGAAGCAACCAACAGCCAUUUUUCAAAUUUGCAUCAUAACAGCAUAACGGAUCGUUUCUUAAAUGUGAUUAUUAGUGUUAAUAUUCGAAGAUGUGAUUAAUUAGUGACAAAUUAGUGUUCCAUUUAAGUUGUAUUUAAGCACAAUUUAACGUAACGCACGUGGUCAGGCCCACUUUCACAAAAAACCUGGAAAUGGGCGAUAAAAUGGAUUUUGCUGGCAAAAAUCCAUUCACUGACUCCCCCCUUAAUAGUUCAUUACCAGGCGUUGUUACGUUUUCGUCUGGUGAUAAUUUUAUUGAGCCUUCAAAGUUUUUCCAAACUGAGGACUUUGGCAAAGAAUCUUUGGGCAUUAUCGACCCAAAUAACCCCGACUUUCGCCGCGACUCGCUGGCGCUGUGGCGCGACUCCCCAAUUUGCCAGCUUCUGGCCGGAAAUGAGUUCCCCCAAAGUGAGGACUUUGGUAAAGAGUCCUUGGGGAUUCUUGACCCGAGCACUGUGCGGCUGUGUCGCGACUCGAUUGACUUUCUGCGGGAUGAUUCGGGAAGGGAGUCCUUGGGAAUACUUAAUUUGAACAACUUGGAUAUCGGGAGAGAAUCGCUGGGGAUAACAAACAUAAAAACUUAUGAUUUCGUCGUCCCGAACGGUUUGCCUGAAAUUCAAACCAGUGCUUGUGAUACACCAGAGUUGACAAAACGGAGCCCCACUUUCGACUCAGUGUUCAACAAUGCGUUCCUAAACGUGCCGAAGUGCUCAGUCAGUUCGAGCGUUUCGUCCAGAAAUCCGUCCUUUCAUUCGGCCAGUUUGGAGAGCUUGCCAUCACGAAUUUUUUCGUCAACUAGCAGUAAGACGGACGUUAUGAAUGAGCCCUUUAAAGACACCGCUGAUUUUUUCAACAAACUUUUUAACAAGACACCUUCACCUUUGCGGCUUCCGUCCCAUCGCAGAAAUAAUUCACUUCCGGUAACUUUGGAGUCUAAAAUUAACGAGUACGAAAAUUACGAAAAGGUCACGCACAACAAGAGUGAAAACGUUUGUGAAAAGGCUGAGGAAAAAGGGAACGACGUCGAGGAGCUGGAUGAUUCCGUCUUUCUUGAAAAAAUCCUCACAAUGUCUAGAGCAGAAUUAGACGUUGACAAUUAUAUGCUGGACUCGAUUCAAGAACCUGAAGAAAUGGUCAGAGUCAUUGAUGAUUUGGAAGAACCUGUCAAAUGCGACAAAGAAACUGUCUUCAAAACUGUCGAUAAAAUGUUCCUUUCGGCUCCAAAUUGCGAAAACUUGAAUACAUCGAGAGCUUCCAACAGGAGCAACAAUUCGAAAUCAAGGGAAGCCCUUGACAUGAUUUCUACCCUAUCUGAUAUUCUAUCAACUGACAAACCAAGCGAGAAACAAAAAUGCGAAGGCCAGAACCUCCUUACAAGCCUCGCCGAAAUACUUCUUUCCAGUGCUAGCACGCGCUCACGAUCGUGCGCUUUGGAGGAUUCUGGCAAUUCUUCAAUAGAGAGUGAAGCAGUUCCAGUUUUGGAAACAGCCGAAUGUUACGAAGUCCUGGAUUUGCGCAAGAAAAGUUCCUCCGAGAGCGACUUAAACCGCAAGGAAUCGUUCGAAAAUUGCGCCCCUUUGGACCUGUCUAUGAAAUCGAAAUCAUCAUUGGGAAAAACGUUCGAAAGUCCGAAAAUCUUGCCACCGAAAUUUAAAAAUCAAAAAUCUGUUGUUGCUUUCAGUGUUAAUAAAAGUGCGGGGAGUAAUUAUUCAAAUUCCAGUAAUGAUAGCAAAAAUUUGAGCGAUCCGACGAAGAAAUUCAGACCGAAGAAGGCCGAUGAGAAGGUGGUGAAAAGGGGGCCCUUGAGGGCUGUGCUCCCUGUUGAUAACAUGGCUCGGAAAAGUGGGCCACUUAAAGUAACCCCUACAAGACCUGAGUCAAAAACUUUAAAGUACAAACUGAAGAAAACCAGUACUCCAAUCAAUGAGUCAAAUUUGAAACCUAUGGCACAGUCAACACCAGAAGGGCAGAGUUCUUCUCGUCAUGUCAUGUCACCUUUAGCCAGACCAGAGAAGUCACUUCCAAAGAGUCCAACUCUAGUGAAACAAAAACUAAAUUACUCCGGAACUGGUCUGCCAGUUAAAAAUGAAACUAAAAUUAAAUCUAAUUCUUUUACAAGGAGGGUCUCCAGCGAUAAUUUGAAGAGAAACCAAAAUACUGAAAGACCAUUGGUCAGGAGCUACAGUGUAGGAGAGAAAACGGGACUUCCCAGGAAAACAGCCGAAUUGAAGAAGCCGAUAAAGCGACAAUCAUUACCCGGCAAGACUGAUAACGUGUUAAAAGAAAAUAAUAUAAGGAGUGUUAACAGACUUUCAGUUGGUAAAAAAAGUGGAAAAGAAAAUCUGUAUUAAUCGUGUUGUGUUAUUACGUAAUCUUGCAAUUUAUUGUGAUAUACCGUGGCUGCUCGUAGGCUAAUCGAUAUUUUAUAUUUUCACAAGAAUUAAGUAUUUUUAUGCUGUGUUUUAUGGUUUUUAUUAAAUAAAUGAUUUGAAAAA